AACAAUUAUAAUAAUAGAAAAAUAAUAGAAAAAAUAUGACUAAUUAUAAUAGCGGUAGCAGUGGGCAUCAAGCAAGCAGUCCUCAGCCACAGAUCCAGACGCCACUGCUCUGGAGGCAGAGACACCAGCAAGACGAGAAAGCACAGAAACUCUGAGGAAGAAGCGAAUGGUAAAUGAAUGAAUUCAUGAAGCAGUCAAUGUGGACUAAACCUCAGAGACAGAACGUGUUGGGCUGCUGCUAUUUUGAAGGUAGAGACAGGAAGCAGCAGUGAGCCACCAGUUGACUGAAGAGGAGAAAUAACCAGCUGCAGAGAUGGCAGACAGUGAAACACUCAUGGAAGCAAAGACCAGAAGAGGCAGCACCGGCAGUAUGGACAAAUCUAUAGACUUCAGGCUGGUUCUUGUUGGGAAGACUGGAGCAGGAAAGAGUUCCAGUGGAAAUAACAUACUGGGAAGAGAUGCCUUCAGAGCUGCUGUCAGUCAGGCCUCAGUGACCAGUAAAUGCAGCAAAGCGAAAGAUAAAGUCUUUGACAGAGAGGUUUCUGUGGUCGACACUCCUGGCAUCUUUGACACCUCGCAGGCUGAUGAUGCAGUGACGAGAGAGAUCUACAAAUGCAUCAACAUGUCGGCCCCGGGGCCCCACGCCAUCCUGCUGGUCAUCCAGGCGGGGGUUUUUAAAGACGAAGAUGGAGUCGCUGUUAGGAAGGUGGAGGAGAUCUUUGGGGCGGAUUUCUGGAGAUACACCAUCAUCCUCUUCACCCAUGGAGAUGAGGUCAAGUCAGACUUUGAACAGAUGCUGAAGGGGGCGCGAGAUGAGCUGAAGGAGGUCCUGAAGAAGGUGGAGAACAGAUAUCACGUCUUCAACAACAACAAAUGCAACGAUCGUGGUCAGGUCCUGGAUCUGCUGGAGAAAGUGGAGAAGAUGAAACGUACCAACGGAGAUAAGUUUUACUCCAACCCCAACUACGAGGAGAGGGAGAAGAUUUUGGAUCAGAGGGAGAAAGAACUCAGAGAGUUCAACUCGAUCAAACAUCAGGAGGACAUAGAAGUUGUGAAGAGAAAGUACGAGAAGAUGCCGAGUGAAGCUCAACGGGAGCGUCCACAAAUGGAGAAACGACGGCAGUCUGAGCUGAAGGAACUGAAUCGCUACUAUCACACUUUAAGGAGCUUAGUCCAUCAUGUUGUCGAGCAGACAGCUGACGGCUUUGAUGAAAUUAAGAAAAAGUUUCAUGAGACCUUGAGGGUGAACUGAACUGCUGGAGACGCAGUACUUUCCUGCAGCUUUAUUACUAAUAUCUUCCUUUAAUCUUCAUUCUGUUUGUUCGGGACUUUAUUUGUCAGACUGAACCAUCACCAUGGGGCUGAAUCAGCAUUUGGCUUAUCUAUUUUCUUUUUUAAUGUGUUUUCUUAGUAUAGAGGGGUAGGGCUGCUUGAUUAUGGCAGAAAUCAUAAUCACGAUUAUUUUUGUCAGUAUCGGGAUCAUGAUUACUCAUUGACUUUAGAAACAUCAUGUAUUUAUUGAACUUUUUAAAAAGAACUUGUCUUUUUAACAGUGGUUUUCUUGAACUUUAAAUAUAAAUCAACUGAAAAACAAAAAAUGAAUGCAUCUGUAGGAUGUAUCUUCCACCUAAUGGCCAAUAUGUCCGUUAAUAUUCCAGAAUUCUGGCCAUAUAGAACAACUACCAACAUAUGUUUAAAUAGCCAUAUAAUAGCCUACAUUUAAACAGCAAUAAAACACAAACGCUAUGAUCCAACAAAUGUAUUUUAAUCAGCAGAAUGAACUCUUCAUAAACUUUGCCAACUGAGCAUACAGCCUACAACAAUAAAAUAAAACAAAUAGCCUUGCUGUUUAAUUUAAUUUAAUGCAGCCAUGCGGGCAGCCUGCAGCUGCAGCUCCACCGCCACCUCCACCUGCCAUGGUCUCCCUGAGCCGCCUCUCACAGGGGCCGUACAGGGAAAAGUUAAACUUCCCACUGAUCAAUUAAUGUUACAUGUUAUUUAACCGUGGAGCUCACUGUUACUCACGUUAGUUUCACUGUGUCAGUGAAGGAUGUAAUGUUACCUUAGAGAAAAUGGUCAGACUUAUCAGAGUCAUGUUAACUGCUGUUGAGGCUCUAUUUAAUUUCUGUAUCAUUUAUUUUAUGUAUUAUUAAUAAUAAUUGAUUCUUUGAAGGAUUUAUGUGCUUGUUUGAGCUGUGCUGAUUUUGGCCUUCAGUUUGUUUUCUGAUCCAGCACCUGUAAAAGUUUUCUUGAUGUGCGUUUUCCCCCCACUCUUUUUGUUAACAGCUCCACCAAAUAGUGAUUUUUCCUUCUAAACUUCUCACAUGGUUUCAUUUCAA